CUUCGAAAUAACAGACUGAUACAACGAUUGCGAGUGAAUAUUAACAGUAGCUCCUUUUCCCCUCGAUUGCUAACUUGCGCCCGAUCUCUUAAGCUGCGCAUUAUGGGGUUGCUUGACCAGCUUUGGGACGACACCCUCGCCGGACCUCUGCCCGACAGUGGCCUCGGUAAACUGAGAAAACACGCCACUUUUAGCUUCCGGACGAACUCCGGCAAGGAAUCAGAAGUUGCCAACAGUAGAAGAUCGUUCGACGAAGCUCCGGAGGAAGCAACCAACAGAGUGACGAGAAGCAUAAUGAUCAUCAAACCGCCGCAGGCAAAUCAAAAGGACUCGCCGCCGGUCUCCCCCGCCGGCAGCACACCUCCGGUAUCCCCUUUUGCCGGUGGAGGCGGCAGAGAAGCAUUUCGUUUCCGGCGGAGAUCAGCAUCUUUUGCUUAUGAGAAGGCUAGCGGAGUUGGGCCCAAGAGCCCUCCUCCUCCUUAUGACCUGUGAGAUCAAAAGAGAGCUACAUUUUCCAUGAAUGUCAUCGGUCUGGAAUUUUGUGUUGCUAAAGUUGCUGGUCGACUGCUGAUGCCUGGAAGAGUUUGUUUGUAGUGUGUUUAGGUGAGUCUGUAUAUAAUGUGAAUGUAGUUGGUGUCUUGAAGUGUUUUGUGAUAAGUAGUGUGGAGGCUGGUUAUGAGUUUGAGAACUCUAAUCUGUAUAUAUUUGGCGCCGUGCUGUGCUAGGCUCUUCUCUGUUGUGCUCUUUGUUUUGAGGUUAUAUAUGGUGUUUUGGAUUGCUCGCUUCAAAUUUC